GAUUCCUGAUGCUGAACACCUUUGAUCGGCCCUCCCCAGCAGAGGUCAGAGGAGCCAUGGGGAACCGCACCACCGUCACUGAGUUUGUCUUGCUGGGGCUCUCAGAGGCCUGUGAGCUGCAGAUGCUCAUCUUCCUGGGGCUCCUCCUGACCUACCUCCUCACACUGCUGGGGAACCUGCUUGUCGUGGUCAUCACCCUCAUGAACAGGUGCCUCCACACCCCCAAGUACUACUUCCUCCACAACUUUGCUGUCCUGGAGAUCUGGUUCACCUCAGUCAUCUUCCCCAAGGUGCUAACCAACAUCCUCACAGGAUACAAGACCAUCUCCCUCCCAGGCUGCUUCCUGCAAAGUUUCCUCUAUUUUUUCUUGGGUACCACAGAGUUCUUCCUCCUGGCAGUGAUGUCCUUUGACAGGUAUGUGGCCAUAUGUAACCCUUUGCGUUAUGCCACCAUCAUGAGCCAAAGGGUCUGUGUCCAGCUAGUCCUCUGCUCGUGGAUGACAGGAUUCCUUCUCAUCAUUGUUCCAAGUUUCCUUGUCCUUCAGCAGCCAUUCUGUGGCCCCAACAUCAUUAACCACUUCUUCUGUGACAACUUUCCCCUCCUGGAACUCAUUUGUGCAGACACGACUCUGAUAGAGCUCCUGGGUUUUGUUAUAGCCAACAUCAGCUUACUGGGCACUCUGUCCAUGACGGCUACUUGCUAUGGCCACAUCCUUCACACCAUUCUACACAUCCCCUUAAACAAAGAGAAGCAGAAAGCCUUCUCCACCUGCUCCUCCCACAUCAUUGUCAUGUCUCUCUUCUAUGGCAGCUGCAUUGUCAUGUACAUCCGGUCAGGCAAAAGUGACCAGAUGGAAGACAGGAACAAGGUGGUGGCAUUGCCUAACACCGUGGUGACCCGGAUGCUCAAUCCCUUCAUCUACACCCUAAGGAACAAACAGGUGAAGCAGGUGUUUAGGGAGCAGGUGAGCAAGCUCCUCUUAUAA